UUGUUACAAAAAAAGAGAAUAGCAACGACCUCGAUUCUCCCCUAAUUAAGUCAUAAUCAAAUGGGAAUUUAGCAAAUGCCUCCUUUUGUGUUCGACAAAGUCAUUGAGAUAUAAAGUCACGAUAAUUGAAGAUGAAUUCAGUAUUCUCAGCAUUUAAAUCAAAUAAAAAUAACAAUUCGUCGACAUUAAAUGCAUCAGCAGUGGCAAGUGAAAAUAAUAAUAGCAGUAAUAAAAAGAAUCAAAAUUCAAAUAAAAAGACGUUAAAUUUAAAUGAGACAAAUAAUUAUGAAAAGUUGCGACAUAUUCGUGAAAAAAUGUCUAAUCUCAUGAUUGAUGAUGACGAAAUAAAUUUGAGAAAGCCGACCAUCCCAAUCGCACCAAUUGGCGAAGAUGUUUGUGACUCAAUGCUACCACCAAAGAAACCGACAACAUCAACAUCCUCAUCAUCAUUAAAAAUGAAUGGAUUCGAUUGUGUCGAUAGUGUGCCAUCGAUGAAUGGUAAAUUAAAUGGCAAUGGUUAUGCAAACAACAUCGGGUCGUUAUCGUCGAUUAAAAAACAUUACAAUCAAGACAAUUCGGAAAAUUACGCGAGUGAAAAUAACUUACUGAGUAAAUGUUGCAAUGGUGGUGCUGCUGCAAUGGGCAGCGAUGUCUCAAUUGCAGACGUGAAUGAUGCAAACAACAGUGCAAGUGCGAGUAGUUUAAUUUCAGUAAAGUCGAUGCCAUUGAGCAACUCAAAUGAGUUAGCAUGCAGAUCGGCAUUAACUGUUUACAAUAAGCAACCACAGCCGACCAAUUUUAGCAAUUCAAAUCGUAAUAGACCGCGUCUUAGCUUAAGUAGUAUAAGCAACAGUAGUAAUAGUAAUAAUAAUGUAGCAGUAAAUUGUCAACCUGCUGUACAUGGACGAAAUAGCAGCAAUGGAUUACCGACUGGUCAAACACGGACGCGUUUGUCGACGCAUCAGAGGAAUCUAAGUCUAGACUUUAGAUCUAUGGGUAUUCUCCUUCCUCCAGUAUCCCAGGUGACCAAUACUCGAAUCAACAUGACUCAACAUCAUCGAAAUCGUAGCUUAGAUAGUGCAUUGCAACGAAUACCAGAGGUUGAAGUGUCCUCACCAAAUGCGGAAUCAGAAAAUACUCUGUGUACGAAUUCGAUGCUGGGACAGCCGAGUGUUUGCAGCACCACAACCACAUCUUCCGAUGAAAAUGAAAAGUUAUCAACAGAGGCAGUAACAGACUGUCAUGAGACAUCAAUCGAUAUCAAUAAAAGUACAAAUGAAUCAGACACACCUCCUUCAGAAAAAGUCAAAACAGCCGCAGACGACGUGUCGAGUAAUAAUCAAACAAUAAUAAAAAAUUGCAAUACUGUCACACGGAAGCAAAAUCAUCAAAUUAUGGCUUGCAAGGACAGUGAGAGUAAGAAGCGCGAAGAUUUAACGAGUCUUGGAUCUGAUGAUUCCGGAAUCUUGUGUGGAUCAGAAGAAGCAGAUCAGAGAUCAUUAAAUAACAGACGUUCACGAGAAUCACUUGAUUCCGGAGAGAACGAUAAUUCAGAAAACGAAGAGUGUAUAGAGCUAGUUGAGACAACAUCAAUGGACGAAGAUUAUCGCGAACUUCAGUCUGACUUGUGCUUCUAUCAGCCAGCAACGAAUAUAAACAAGAAAAAGGAUGACGAAGGACAUACAUCUAGUAAUACAGGCGUUGUGGAAGAUCAAUUUGAUGCCAUUAGUGAUAAGAAAAUGCGAUAUCGUGAACUGAAUAUGAAUAAAGUUGCCAUUUUAAAGGAAAAGUACCAACAAACAAUUUUUGUGCCAAUAGAAUUUGAAGAGGAGGAUAAGAGUACGGAAUCGGAAACGACGACAUCAAAUACGACAGUCAUCGAGAAUGAUAUAAAGGAAGAGAGUAAUAAUAAAGAGCAAAUAUUGAAAGAGAAUCCAGCUGUAAAGGAUCCCAAAGAUCCAAUGUUUAAGAACUUUUUCUUUAAGAAUGCAAUAUUCCGUACAGCUCAAAGUAUCAUUGAGAAUCACGAGAAGAAGAAUGCCAAUAAAAAUAAAGAUCAAUUGACAGCACCAACAAGUUCUAAUGAUACAACAAUUCAGUCACAACAACCAUCAAAGAAGAGAGAUUUUUUAUUGAAAUCACGUUCGAGGAAUCAGCAACAGUCAACAAUGACGACUAGUGUAAGUGCUGAAAUCGCCACAACUACAUCUACAUCACUGCAGCUUGUCGAUAAGUCAAAAGGAAUGAGUAAAUCAUCAUCAACAAGCUCACUUAAUACAAUGAAAGUGCCAGGCAUUGCAUGUAUGAUCAGAGAAUCAAUUAUGGAACCGCAAAUCAUUACCGAACGUGGGCAAAGUGGUCUAUUAAGAUUUUUCGAAUCAUCUGUCUUCAACAUUCACUUCGCAAUUCAUUAUCUCUUUUAUAGUAAAGAGCCAGGCGUACUCUCAUUCAUUGGCAAUAAAAUCUUUAGCUUCCCACAUGCUGAAGUUGAUCUUUACAUUCCGCAAUUAAUAUUAAUAUACAUGCAAAUAGAGGAAUUGGCAGAAGUCCUUGAUCCAUAUUUGGUCUAUAGAUGCCGUCAAUCAGCUGACUUUAGUCUCAAAUGUAGUUGGCUACUCGAAGCUUAUGACUUUAAUAUGGACGGAAUUACCUCAACUACACAAAAAUUUCGACACUUAUCCCUAAUGCGUGAAUUAUAUCCAAAACGUGAUAAGAAGAAUACAAGACAGAUUACGUCUGAAUUAAUAUCACCAACAUCACCAUUUAAGAAGACACAUCAUCGCUCGCAAUCGGAUGCGACUGGAAUGCUUGAGCAAUUUAAAAAGCCAACAAUUCCAUCUAUUAAUUUAUCACUCGGUGAUUUAGGCAGUGGACGUGCAUUUGAUAAUGGAUGUGUAUGUUUUGAGAGUCAGCGUGGCGCUGUUAACGAUUUACUUGGACAACAGACAUUCUGCUCAUGCGGUGCACCAAAGUUAGCUUGCGAACGAGCAUUUAUGAAGAGUCUUAUUGAUAUUGGAAAGACACUCACAUCACUUCCAACGAAAAUCGAAAAGACGAGUCGUUUACGUGUCCUAUUGAAUUUAAUAAAUAAGAAUCUUCCAUCACGCGUGUGGCUUCCAAUUUAUUCCGAUGUACCGCAUCAUGUUGUGAGGAUUACAGAGGAUAAGACAGCCGUACUCAACUCGAAAGAUAAGACACCUUACAUUAUUUACGUUGAGGUUGUCGAAGUUGCUGAUAUUUAUACAAGUCCUGUAAUACCCAAAAUGAUGCCGACAUUAAGACAUACGAGAAGUGACGAGCAUCUUGAUCAGCUUAUCGAAGACGAUAUUGAUAAUCAGGAUGGAAUUGUCAAGAAGGAUGUGCUAGCAAAGUAUUUGUUACCAAGAAUAAAUUCAAAUCUUGAAGUAUUUAAUGACGAUGAAGUAUGGUCGCAGGAGGACGAUGAAAUUACUGCUCAAUACCUCAGAAUGUCGCAGCACAAAAAAUAUGAUCGUGAUACAGUUUCGCAAUUUUCUAUGGAAUCUUGUGACUCAACAACCAGAGAUAUGAAUAUUCCACAAUUAUUUAAUAUUGCCGAUGUGCGAAAUCGUCAUUGUCGAAAUUUAAAUGCUGAAAAUACCAAACCAUUCAGAAACGAUCCAGACGACCCAUCUGCUGCUGCUUUAAAAGAACCAUGGGAUGAAAAAGAGCGGCAAAUACGUGAAUCAUCGCCAUAUGGACAUCUUCAAAGUUGGAAGCUUUUAUCAGCUAUUGUUAAAUCGGGCGAUGACUUGCGGCAAGAGCUUAUGGCAGUACAACUUUUACAGAUGUUCAGUCUGAUUUGGAGUGAAGAAAAUAUUGGCUUAUGGGUGCAACCAUACAAGAUUGUAUGCUUAUCAAAUGACAGCGGUCUUAUCGAGCCAAUCUUAAAUACUGUUUCGCUUCAUCAAAUUAAGAAGAAUUCAAAUAAAAGCUUACGUGAAUAUUUUAUUGAUGAAUAUGGCGGAGAGAUGACAGAUAAUUUUAAAAUGGCACAACGAAAUUUCAUGCAAUCGUGCGCUGCUUACAGCCUUAUCUGCUAUUUACUUCAGGUUAAAGAUAGGCACAAUGGAAACAUUCUACUUCAUUCUGAUGGCCACAUCAUACAUAUUGAUUUUGGAUUCAUCUUGAGCAUUUCUCCAAAGAAUUUAGGAUUUGAGCAAUCUCCAUUUAAGCUUACACCAGAAUUUGUUGAAGUUAUGGAUGGACACGAGUCGGAGCUUUUUGAUGAAUUCAGACGAUUAUUGAUUGCUGGUCUGAAAGCAGCGAGGAAGCAUCAAGAUAGAAUUGUUAAUAUUGUUGAAAUUAUGCGAAGUAGUACACAAUUACCAUGCUUUAGAAAUGGUUGCUCAGCCACCGUCCAAAACCUAAGAAAACGCUUUCAUAUGAAUCACACCGAGCAGGAACUAGAACGAAAAGUUGAACAACUCAUUCAAGAUUCACUCAACUCAUUAUCCACUAAACUAUAUGAUGGCUAUCAAUAUCUUACCAACGGCAUUCUGUGAAAAGUAUAGAUAUGAUAUUAAUUAAUGUUUUUUUUGAUUUAUUUGUAUUUACAAUCUCUUCCAUUUCAAUCAAUUUUUUUUUGUCGGUAGAACGAAUGUUUAAAAAAAAGAGAGGAAAUAAUUUAUUUGAUAUGAAAAAAAAGUACAAAAAGCUUUUUGUAUUGUAAAUUUUUUAACAGGAAAAAAUUCGUUCAUAUCUCCUUAUUAUUAGGUAUAUAAUUUUUGGUGUGUAUAUCUUUACAUUUUUUAUUUAUGAUUAAAAAAAAGUAAAGUGUCUGGUCUCUCAAAGACACGCUGAUGAUUCCGUUCAGAGUCAAAAUAUCUCAUUUUUUAUAUUCAAAUAAAUGAGAAAAAAUACAUUAAAUCAGGUGUAAUAAACAAAUCAUUCGGGAUUUUUAAAAAUGAAACAACAAUUUAAAGGUUGAAGAUGCCUUAGUAUAAUAAAAUGAUGAAUCAAAUCUCUCAUGUAGGUAGCUUCUGUUCUGAUAAGAAAUGAAAUCAAAAAACAAACAAAAAUUGUAGUGAACUUGUGGAUAGUUUUUGACAUUUGUUGCACUUAAGGGUCUAUAAGAUAAUAAACGAUCUGAAAAAGGUCUUUAAAAAUUUGAUAUUUAACGGAUUUUUUAUAUUUAAAAUAUUAAC